CGAAAGCAUUUAGACGCCCCAGUUCAAAGUCUUCCAUAAGUUUGUGUAAACUUUGUUCCGAUUCCUUCAUAACGACGUUUUGAGACCUCGCCUUAUGCCUCAGAGACGGCGCUCGAUUUUUCGGGCUACGCCCUAGCCGGGAGGCAGGUUCUAACAAACGAUGUUCCACUGGUAUAGCCGGGGCCGGGGGUGUAGCCAUUUCGGUGAGUAGUUUGUUGAUUGCAUGGGGCAUGGAUGGGACCGGACGACGACACCGCCUCCGCCUGGCAGUACGCGCAUGCGUCCCCCGGUCCCCGUCUAGAGCUAGCUAGCUAGCUAGAUAUAAUUAUAGAGAUAGUCACGUUUCAGCCUACGUAGAGUGGCAAAGAUGAAGGUAGAGCUUUGCCAUUUCAGUGGGGCGAAAAUUCUGCCCAGUCGAGGAAAGAAAUACGUGAGAGUCGAUGGAAAGUCGUUUAACUUCUUGAAUGGGAAAUGUGAGCGGUCAUUCAUGAUGCGCAGAAACCCUCGCAAAACCAGCUGGACGGUUGUGUACAGAAGAAAAAAUAAGAAAGGGUCUGUGGAGGAAGUCGUUAAAAAACGAUCUAGGAGAACUACCAAGGCUUACAGACCAAUAACUGGAGCCACUCUUGAGUCCAUUUUGCAAAAGCGGAACCAAAAACCAGAAGUUAGGAAGGCUCAGAGGGAGGAAGCUAUAAGAGCUGCAAAGGAAAAAGCAACGGCAAAGAAAAAAUCCAAAAUUCAGCAAGCACAGAAGUUGGCUCAAAAAGCACAGAUGAAGCAAAAUCUCAAAUCCCAGAAGAUUGUUAAAGGAGCCCGGUCAAGUGGAAAACGAUUUUAGUGUAGGCAUCGUGUAUGGCUCGAAUGUGAUUGUACAUUGCGCCAGCAUGUUCAAUUUUUCUUUUCCACGUGGCUCUUUUCCUUGAAUAAGGGUAUAUACGGUAUCAACCCACAAGAAACAAAAUGGCGUUCGGGCGGUUCUCCAGGGUUACUUGUCGUAGUCUGUUCUGGCGAUGACACCUUUCGGGAGUUUGAGAGCUGUUCUUCAUCGUUGCGAUACCUAUCACUAGGCUUUUACGUUGCAGAGCUGAUAACUGGAACCCGGAGUGCCCGUGUGGUGCAGGAGCUUUUAUUCGUGAGGACCAUGUAUCAUCAGCCCGGAGACAUCAGAUAUGCGGCAGAUUUUGGUUCUGGUAAUUCUCAUGGUGGGAUAGAAUCUCAAGGAGCCGCUGGAAAAUAUAUGUACAGUCCCUACUAUGGACACAAAGGGCCAGAUGGUAGCCCUUACGCGAAUCCUCCAGGUGGUGGAAUGCAAACGUUUGGAAGUAAGCCACCCUCUGUGGCUCUCCCGGAUGGUGCAUAUGCAACGCGAUGGAAUGCUGCAGGUUACAUGAGAGGCCAAGGGCUGAAACCUGGAUCUGAUUAUGUGUACCCAAAUCAGCCUUCAGUCACUGGUAACUUUCCAGAUGCUGCAACCAUGAUGAAUAUGACUGGCUACCCUUCCCCGAGUUACGGAACUGGUGUUCCAUACAAUGCACAGUAUCCCUACGCGGCACGAGGUUAUUCAGGUUUUGCUGUUCCAUCAUACAUUGACGGGUUUCCUGAUGGUGGAACAGGGAAUAGCACCCUGUUACCACAGCCUCCUUCUGGCUGGCAUAGUAAACCUUCAUCAGUUGGCAAAGGACAGGAAAUCCCUUCAGGCCAUUCACCGCAGUGGUCCUACCGAGGUGCAGAUGGUUAUUCAUCAAGCACUCCAAAUACCCCAGCCCAACUGGCACCUGGUACACCAGCCAGUUGCCCCCAGUUGGACUCUGCUGGUCACACUGUUGAACAAGCAGCCAAUACACAACCCUCACAGCUGUCACAGCCAACAGCUUUGUCCCCACGUGGCCCAUUAGACGGUGAACUAAAGAAACAACCCUCAGUGUCAAGCCUGAGGGAUGCUCUUCUUUCAACCCCCAAUUCAUCCUCACAGCCACACUAUUCUGCUUACAGUCCUCAAGUUCCUGGCGGACACUCCUCUCCAUUGACUCCAUCGGCAAAUUUUCCACAUACUCCAGAUGCAUCCACCCCAACAGGGGGCAGUACAAUUAUGUCUCCACACAUGCAGCCGCAUUAUGAUGAAAAGAGUGAUGGCAACAUACCUGCUGAGCCUGAGCUCAUAAACUCGUUUGCUCACAAUGCUGCAGAAGAAGAUGGUGGACCAUUAAGGGUCAGUCCUUAUCAGGUGGAAAGCAUACUAGGUAUUCGAAAUGAUAAACCCAUUGGUGCAAAUGUGGAUGAGGUUGACUCAGUUGAUAGUCAGGACAGAAAUGCUGUUAUGUCUCCCCAACUAGCAGUGCAUGGUUCUGAAUCAGAUUGCAAAACCAAUGUCCGACAUGGAAGUGAAAAAAAGUCUGAGGCGAAUGACGUACAACCCAGUUCUAAAGUUGACUCCCUCCCUUUAUCAACACAUUCUGAUGAUUGUGACAUUCUGCAGGAAUCUCUAUCCAGUCCUUCACUUUCUCCUGUUGAUCACAAUCAUCCUUGCAUUGUAAGCCAGUACCAGUUUUCUGAUGAAGAGGGAAGGAAAGAGUUUUUGGAUGCGCUUUUUUCAUUUCUUACCAUGAAAGGAAUUGGGUUGUUACGGAUACCUACAGUUUCCAAAGCUCCUCUUGAUCUCUUCAAGGCUUACGUCGCAGUACAAAAUCUAGGAGGAUUCAUAAAUGUGAUGCAAAAAAGUCUUUGGCCAGAGGUGAUGCAACUACUGAGUCCCUCUGCUGGCACCUGUGCAGGGUCGAUAAGAACUUUGAUGAGAUUUUAUGUGAGACUGCUGCUACCCUAUGAAUGUCAUGUAAGGAAUGACAGCGUUUCAGAUUGUCUAAGCAAGGUGGACACAUCAAUUUUUAUGCAUACGGUGCUUUCCAAAGUGAUUGAUGAGAAGAAUGAUGGAAGAGGGUCGGAUGAUGGGGAUUCGGUUGUUUCUGAGAAACAAAUGAAUGGUGAAGCCAGGCGAGUUUCAAGAAGACUGAAUUCACAGACUAGUGAAUCAAGUGCUGGAGAGAAUAGUAGCCAAGAGCAUGAGAGUAGGGAUAAAGAAGAUGGUCACCCAUCAGAUAUCCAAGAAAAACCGACAACUCCAGUCGGUACAUACCCACAAGAAGUAAGUUCUGAUGAGCCUUUACCAGAAAUCAGUGCUCAGGAGACAGAAUCUUUGCUAGCUAUGCCUGCAUCACCCUAUCUUCAACCACCUGUAACGACAGGUGUGCCGUCUACUCCUUCUGCUGACCCAGCCACUCCACCCUCUUCCUUUCCUCCUCCCUAUGCCCCGCAAGGGUCACAAGAGUGGGGACAGAAUUCUGAUGUUUUUACUAGCUACCCUUCGUCGUAUUCCAUGGAUAUAUCAACUUAUAGGCCUCCUCCACAUGUAGCUCCAUUGCCUCCAGGCUACAACCCCUUUGCUCCUCCAUCACAACAUGAUAUGUCCAUGGACUACCACCUUGAUAUGCCUUCACCCAUGAUGCGAUCCCCGUACGAUACUGCCCCAUAUCACAUGGGAAUGCCCCCUGGCAUGCAUGGAUUGCCCAGUUCGCGCCCUAACCCAUAUUUAUACCGAUCACACAUGAUGCCAAGGGAUCCUUUCAUUAUGCGAGGCAAUGACAUGAUGUACUCUGGGAUGAAUUCAGACUGGGCAUGGCAGCAAGGCGCGCAGUUUUCAGGAAUGAUGCACCAUCAUGGUAUGCAAUUGCCAUCUCGGUCCAGCCAGGGUGUACAACCAUCUCCGACAUCGAGAGGUCAUCUUCAACAGCCUCCCCCUCAUCUGUCAUCUUCUGCUAAUCAAUCUUCAGCCUCUGGUGGUGAAGUAACAAAACCAUGGCUAGAGAAUCCGAAAGGUAAACAAUCUGAUAGAACUAAUUCACAGUCAAGGGCUAAAGCUGAAUACAAAACUGUUUCAAGCAAGUCUGACCACCCUCAAAUGCUGGAUUCAUUGAAACGUCCACUUCCUGACUGGAGUGGCUGUGUUGAGGGAACUAAACCUCACCUAGCAAAGAGAAAGCACCUUCUCUCAGUUGACUGUGGCAAUGUUGAACCCUGGCGAGUGAUGAUGUCUCUCAAGUCCGGUUUGCUCUCAGAGUCCACUUGGGCACUGGAUACCCUGAAUAUCCUCCUCCAUGAUGACACAACUGUGGGGUAUUUCCACCUCAAGCACCACCACAGUCUACUCAAUACACUAGUAGACCACCUCAGCAAAGUUCUUCGAGCUGUGUUUAAGGAUGAGUUUGAUUCUCUGCCCUGUCACCCUGAUUACAAUUGUAGUGACAUGGCUACUACUCUGGACAUUUAUGGUCCUGACGUGAGCGAACAAUUGACUGAAUAUCGUGCUGAUAAUGGAGGGGGCCACAGUCCGCACCAUACACAUGAUAGGCAAUGCCCCUUGGAAGAAUGCAUCACCAAUUUCAGAGAUGACCACAGAUUGUCUCAUAUUCAACUGCCAACAGCAGAUGAAAGAUUACUCUUUGCAGAAUGUAAAGAUGUUCGCCAGAUUAUUCCAGAGUGUAGAUCAAUUUGCCAGAAUUUACAGAGAAUUGAUGAGACUCCUGUUUCUGAUAUUAAACACCGUGAAAACCUUAGAAACCAAUUACCGCUACACUACUUUGGUAGAAGUCCACGGCGAAGAGAGCACAGCAUACUAGAAGACAUCCAGAUAAGGGAGGAACUAGAGAAAGAAAUCGAUGAACGGUUGCAUUCUGAUGUGGACAAUGAAGAAAGGUUAAAGGUUAACAAUGAGCAGAAACUAAGGGAGGUAUUUCCUUCUCCAGGUCAAAUAACAAAAGAGAUUGAGGUGCAUGCAUUAAAGGAAGAGAGUGAGAUUUACCAAAAAGAACCUUUGCCACUGUGGUCACUUCCACCAAACAAAGAAAUUUUACAAGGCCGGUGCCUUUGUCUCUCUAACAUACUUAGAAGUCUGUCUUUUAUUCCUGGAAAUGAUGUAGAGUUCUCCCAACAUCCUGGUGUACUCACUAUGCUUGGUCGCAUCCUUAUGCUGCAUCACAAUCAUCUGAUACAGCACAAAAGGCCUGGCAUUCUCCCCUUACAACUAGUAGGUGCUGGCACCUCUGAACCAACUUCAGCAGCAAGUGAACCUCCGCUUCCUGGAAUUGAUGUAUGGUGGUGGGAUUGUUUGGAUGUACUCAGAGAAAACUCACUUGUUAUACUGUCUAAUAUUUCUGGUCAACUCGACUUGUCCGUCUUUCCAGAGAGUGUUAGCUGCCCCAUUAUUACAGGACUACUUCACUGGGUUUCAUGUCCUUCUGCAAUGGCUGUUGAUCCUCUUCCUGACACAGCAAUGGCACUGUCCCUAUCCCCACAAAGGCUUGUGCUUGAGGCAUUGGCGAAAAUAUCAAUAUCGGAAAUUAACGUUGACUUUAUCUUGGCUACUCCUCCAGUUACACGUCUAGACAUGCUGUUUAUGCAUCUAGUGCACUUCAUUGGACAAAAAAAACAUCCAGUAAUGAGGCAGUUUGCAUUAGUGCUGCUGUCAAACUUGGCACAAGGCAAUGAGGCAGCUAGCAGACUUCUAGCUCAACAGAAGAUGGUUGUACCACUUCUAGUCGAAUGCAUUGAGUCGUCAGAGCAAACCAGUUGCAACAGUAGAGGACAGUUUAUUGGUGGUUAUAACCCGGAAGACCCAAACAGCCUCUCUGUUGCCAUGCUCAGGAGAGCAGCGACUACAUUACACUGUCUUGCUAAAGUCCCACUUAACAGAACUGCAUUCCUCCCAUACCGUGACCGAACGCUUUACCUCGCUACGUCACAGUAUGUUGAACCUUCUGUUUCUAGCAUUUUAAUGGAUAUGAUUUUUGAGCUUGGAAAAUUAUAGCAUCCAUCCAAACUUAGAUAUGCAUUAUGUUACGUUACAUAUGCACAUCUUUCAAUUCCCGUCAUGCAUGAUCUUUAUCAUUAUUCUGACUCAUUGCUCCUUGGUUUCUUUGCUGCGAUCUAUAAAUCAUUUCUACAUUCAUUUCAUUCAUUCUUUGUGUUCUAUUAUGGGUGAAUUCAGUGUCGAUAAGAGGUGAAAUUUGCGUGUGUACUUCCGGUAUGGAUCCAAAACAAAGUAACAACUUCAAAUUGCAAUUGAUGCACAGAAACAAUUCCCU